AUGGGGGGUGUUCCCCUUCCCCCCUCUUGCCCUCUGUUGCUUCUGCUGCUGCGGCCGACCUCGUUGGUUUCGAGUCGGUCGGCGCUGCAUCUACCCCUAGCGGGAGACGCCACACCGGCAAGGGCAAGGGGGGCAAGGGCGCUGGAGGGGCUGGCGGGGGCGGUGGAGGUGGUGGUGGAGGCAGUGGAGGGGGUGGGGGUGGUGGUGGGAGUGGUGGCGGGGGUGGAGGUGUCGGUGGCAGCAGUGGAGGCGGAGGAGGCGGCGGCGGUGGCUGAGGGAGCGGAGGCGGCGGAGGUGGCGGAGGCGGCGGAGGUGGCGGAGGCGGCGGAGGUGGCGGAGGCGGCGGCGGCAGCGGUGGAGCUGGUCGUGGCUCUGCGCAGAGGAGUGGGUCCGGUGUGA